AGUCUUCAUCUGACUCACCUUCGGGUAAGUCGCGCCGAGCUCCAGCAAUCUCUGCCGCGUGUGUUUCGUCUACUGAUAACGCUUAUCAGUCGUGCGUGUUUCUUAUCUGGCGUAUGGAGUGAUCGCGUUUGAAUUUGUGUUUACUUGUAGCUAUGACAACUUGCAGACAUUGAAACACUGUGAGCAAUCAGUGAGUGAAGGAAUAUUGUUGGAAAGUUUGUGAGCACAACAGAUAUUCCUUCCUGCUUCCUGACAAAAUGAACCGGUACCAAAAUCAUGGCAACCUUAUCAGCGACUGGAAGUUGCGCAACUGUUUGAUCGCUGGCUGACUGGUUGCCUGUCAGUCGCCGCGAUGUUGCCAAACUUCUCUGGCAACUUUUUCCUGAGACUGGUCGUAGUGGCAUUGGCACUGGCCAUCGAGUCGCUUGUCCAGGCAACGCGAUCAUUGGCUGACGAGCUGGCAACACCGUUGAAGGUAGCCCAAUGCAGGUCGCAUUGUGUUCACACGUUCAUCCCGAAAAAUCACUCCAAAACCAGUUGUCACCAACAUAGGGAUUGUUCUAUGUGCUGGGAGACUUGCCAGGACAUCCAGUCCAAUGCCCAAGAUAGGGAUUAUAUUUGCUCGCUGAAAGACACUUGUUUUCCAGGUUGCAAAGCCGCUUGCCAGCUAUCAAUGCAGCUGCCAAACCAGAGACUGCCACUUCUAGUCUACGACAGCGGGGAGAAAGUACUGAGGAUAGAAGGAUCACAAGCGCACUGGCCUGAACCCUCCGAGGAUGACUCUCCCUGGGUCUACCUGGUGCUAACGAGGGUUCCCAGCCCUGGUCAAAGCGUUUCUGCCCUUCAAACCCUGGAGCUAUCGUUGCAGCUACCAGAAGAGACCAGUGGGGAUGCAACAGAGACAAUGAGGGUGUUGGUGAUAGGGAGGAAUGGCCUGCAUACGGUGUACAGUCCUCGUCAUUCUACAGAGUUACCAUCCGCAAGGGAGACUGCCCAGGAAGUGAUACGUAGCCUGGGUGGGGGAUCGUUACAGGGUUUGCAGAUACCGGGUGAGGAGGCACAGACGCUUUUUCGACCGUUCUCGGGAGAAAAAUGGAAUCUACGAGAGAUUUCGCGAGUACGUCAGGAGUCGAUAGUCUCGACUCACAUCACGUGGGACCCCCGUCGAUCGAAGGCUCUCUACCUCGUCACGUGGGAAAUUGACGGAGGAGGCCUCCAAGGCAAUCUCUUCACAGAGUCAUCCACUGUCAAUCUGUCGCUCUGGUCCGACACUGUAUUUCACAUUCAGGUCGGAAUAGUGGGGGGUCAAAGGAGUGAGAAGAUUACAGUGAACACAAGUUUGAGGGUGAGAGUGGCCUCCAACCCCCUACUGAUCGGGAUUGCUCCCUCAGGCAUGUACAUGAGCCCCAACGCUGCAUGUAUGGCGCUUCUGCUGGCGACUCUUGUCCUGACGCUGACUGUGACUGUGUGGCGUGUCAGAAUGUCCAACAGCGUUUCCGAUAGAUGCUACCCUGACCACUCUAUAAAAAAUUUACCACGUUUCUCAAGAAAACCAAACUGUGACACCGAUCUACUGAUUAAAUCUGCGGUUAACCGAUCAGAUUCUCCGCUGAAACUAGUGACAUGAUCUCAAAACCGAAAAGACAGCAAAAAUGUGAAGACUUAAAAGUUUAUGGUUUUCUCUUCAAUGGUUCCUCAGGCAACUCAUGGAUCAUCCUAAUUCCAUGAAUUGAAGAUUGCAGGCAAUGAAUAAAUUUUGGAUUCAAUUAGUGUACUCAGUGAAUAAUAUGAAUAAUAUUUUGUAUAUUGUUCCAUGUUAAAGUAAGUCUACUUACAGUAAGUGGAUAUUCAUGUGAUUUUAGUUUUAUGACUGUUCUCAUUGUGACACUUCGAGCUCCUUCUGCAAUUCUUGUAAAGUUGCAAUAUUAUGUAUUUUUUAUCCUUUCAUCAAUGAUUGUACGGUGAAAUCUCUAUCUAUUGAUGGUGUCAUAUUUUGGAAUUAGUAUCUUUACCAACGUGAUUUCGAUGAAUUUCAUUCACCCUUCAAUAACAUUUCGCAUCGUUAUUUGUCUUCAUACUAUUCCGAAUCCUAUGUAAUUUGUAUGAAUUUCAAAACUGAACGAUUCCAAGGAUGCUAUCUGAACAAUUUCUACAAAUAAUAAAUGAGUGAGAGAGACAUUUUACUGUUUAUACAUUACCUAUUUACUGGUAGUUUUAUCCUCUGACUCCUGAUCUGAGAAUACUUGUUUUAAUAAACAAAUCAUGACCCAAGACUAUUUCAAAUGUAUAUUAAGGAAUGUGUAAAGUUAUAUUUUCAAUAAUCAUCAAAAUAAUACUGUGUAAUCAUUAUAAUGUCUAGUCUUAGAUUUAGAUUAAUCUUAAGUAAUCGUACGAGAGGAAUAAUGAUUGUGAUCUAUUUUCGAGAUACUUUCCCCAGUGUGAAUGAUUGAUCAGCAAUAAUAUUAUAGGAAUAAUGUUCGACUUUUUUCAAUCUGAAUAGUGGAGAUCUGUGAAGGAUUCCAUGAGUAUUGCAAAUUUCUAUCACUUAAAUUCAAGUCAGAUAAUUGAUCUUUGUUCAAUUCCUAUCCUCUGUAUAUACAACCUUUAUUCAGUGAGAAUAUUGAAACUUUUAAUAAGUUCAUCCAUGUUCAGAACAUGUUUGGAACUCUGAUAUGUGUCGAAACCUUCUGGAUUUUAUAGAGCUGUUCAGAAUACACAGGAAAGUAAUGAAAUUCAUUAAUUUGUUAGAAUUCUUAGGCUAUGAAUGAGGAGGUUGGAGCGAAAAAGUUUAUGAAAUUUUCCUUCUCCUGAUGAUUUUCAUGAUAUUCAAAUCAUCUAGAGAUUGACUGAUGAACUUUCAGAGCUUAUAACAAGUGUUGAAUGAAUGUGUAUGGUUACAGAAGCAUCACAUUGAAUAUAAGUUGAUAGAAAUACACGUAAUUACUAUUAUCUCAAUGAAUAUUUUCCCCGGCAUGAUACUAUUGUACGCGAAGCAUAAUCAUAAUACUUGCGGAGAGAGAAUUGUAUCAAUAAAUUGAACAUUUGUUACAUUUUUGUACAGUGA